AUGGCGGAGGAAGCCAAGCGGAGAAGCGAUGGCCCAGAAGCCGAUGCGAAACGGCAGAAGAGUGACAAGGGUGAAGUGAUGUCGCUGGAGCAGGUUCUGGCCAAGCGAAAGGAGGAGAACAAGGCACCUAAGAUGAAGUUUGUGUCAAAGAACGAUCGCGAAAAGCAUGCGCAGAAAGAGGCUGACAAGCAGAAGGCAGAUCAGAAGAAGAAGGCAGAGGAGGCAUCAAAGCGAAGAAAGGACUUCCUUUUGCAGGAGGAGAUCGAGAGGGAGCGCGAACGUCAGCGCGAGCGCGAGGAGCGCGAGAGGGAACGCAAGCGACGAGAAGAGGAGCGCCAGCGAGAACGAGAGGAGCGGGAGAAGGAGAGGCUGAAGCAGCGAGAGGAGAAGGAAGGCCUCAUGCAGACGAGUUCGCUGGCAGAGAUGAACCUCUUGAAGCUUCCGGACCAAGAGCGCCGAGAGAGGCAAGCGGAGAAGGAGCUGGAGCUUAUCAAGCGGCACUAUCUUGGCAUGAAGGAGAACAAGAAGAAGAUGCAGAAGCCCUCUGAGAAGUUUAGGAACAUUUUCAACUUUGAGUGGAAUGCAGAUGAUGACACCAUGCGCGGUGACAACAAUCCGCUCUACACCAAACGGUUGGAACCGCAACUGCUAUUUGGUCGUGGCUACCGAGCCGGAAUUGAUGUGCGAGAGCAGCGCAAGAACAACAGCUUUUACGAAGAGCUCAUUGCCAAGCGAGCUGAAUACUCGGGCGAAGAUGUGUCGGCCUUCGUGCAGCCUUCGAAGGAGCCCCUGUCCUUCAAACAGCGAGAUAUUGAGGACAAGGACAUCAACAAGACACACUGGACAGAGAAGCCAGUCGACGACAUGACCACGCGCGACUGGCGGAUCUUUAGGGAGGAUUUCCAGAUCUUCAUCCGCGGAGGUCGUGUGCCUGUUCCCAUGCGGGUGUGGUCAGAGGGGCCUUUGCCCUGGGAAUUGCUGGAGGCCGUCAACAAGGUGGGCUAUGCUAGACCAACCCCUAUCCAGAUGCAGGCCAUUCCAAUCGCUUGCCAGUGCCGUGAUCUCAUUGCUGUUGCAGAGACGGGCAGUGGCAAGACAGCAGCGUAUGUGCUUCCAAUGCUGUCCUAUGUGAAAAAGCUCCCCAAGCUCGACGACACCUCCGCGCAGGAUGGGCCUUAUGCCAUCAUACUGGCGCCCAGCCGCGAGCUUGUGAUCCAGAUCGAAGAGGAGGCGCGGAAGUUCGCCGCCUUCUGCGAUUGCCGGAUGGUGAGUGUGGUGGGCGGCAGAGAUGCAGAGGCGCAGGCCUUCACCUUGCGGCAGGGUGUAGAGAUGUGCAUGGCUACGCCUGGCCGGCUGUGCGACUCUUUGGACAAGAGGCAUACGGUUCUGAACCAGUGCACCUACGUUGUCAUCGAUGAGGCACUGAAAGCUGCCGGAGCAGAGUCGUGA